UGUCAUCUCUUUCCCUUUCCCUGUCUCCAUCUCCCUCCCCCCCUUCCCCUUCCCCCUUCCUUUCUCCAUAGCCUUCUUCUUCUUCCUCCUCCCUCCGUUUCUCAGUUAUCAUCAAGGACAACCGACCUCAAAAGUCCCCGGUUAAUUAGUUUCUCUCAACACCCAACGAAGGCUGGCAUACACAUAUAUUACAUAAGGUUCCAUGCAAAAGUGUGAGUCAGUCGUGGCGAAAUCUUCCUACCGGGCGUUACAUUUGCUCUGCCUCUCCCCCUCCCUCUCUUUUCCAUAAUUUCCCUUAUAUUUUCCAAUUUUUUUACCAAAAAGGGAAAAAAAAAAAAUUUGCCAGUGAGACCCAGAAAACCCUUAUAGCUUUUGUUUUAUAAUUCAUUGGCCUCGUGCAUUGGCACGUAGGGUGAGGAAAAAGGGAAAAAGGGCACCACUCUCGAAGAAGAAACGUAUGCCUCAGUCAGCUCUCCCCCUCUAUAAUACCUAAGCUUUUUUCCCUUAGUCAACUCUCUCAUCAAGGGGAGAGAGUACGUACUAUAGAGAGAGAGAGAAUCCAUAGGGAAGAAGAUACACCAUAUCGAGUUCUCUUAGUUUGGCCGGUUUAGGGUUUUUGGGCCUCUUAGCAUGCUCGCUGGAAUCAUGAUUCCGGCAAGAGAUCAUAUGAUGCCCUCGAUGAUCGGGAGCAACGGGAACCUCGCCGCUUACGGAUCGACUUCCGGGCUCUCUCUCAGUCAGACUUGAAAAAUCCAUAAAGCAUUCGGAAUUCUAAAAGAGCUAUCGGAAAAAAAAUAUGUUCCAGCCAAACUUGAUGGAUGGAGGUCAUCAUCAGCUUCAUCCGCUCGAGAUGGCCCAGAACAACUCAGAGGGAGACCUUGCCCGCCUCCGGGAUGAGGAGUUCGAUAGCACAAAAUCAGGCAGUGAAAAUCAAGAGGGCGCCUCGGGGGACGACCAGGAACCCCGCCAAAAGAAGAAGCGCUACCACCGCCACACACAGCAUCAGAUCCAAGAAAUGGAAGCGUUCUUCAAGGAGUGUCCUCACCCUGAUGAUAAGCAAAGGAAGGAACUAAGCCGGCAAUUAGGGUUAGAGCCUUUGCAGGUGAAGUUUUGGUUCCAAAAUAAGCGGACCCAAAUGAAGACCCAACAUGAGCGCCAUGAAAACACACAACUUCGAGCUGAAAAUGAGAAACUCAGGGCUGAUAACAUGAGAUACCGAGAAGCCCUAAGCAAUGCCUCUUGUCCCAACUGCGGAGGGCCCACUGCAAUCGGAGAGAUGUCAUUCGACGAGCACCACAUGAGGUUGGAGAAUGCCCGUCUAAGGGAAGAGAUUGAUAGGAUAUCAGCUAUUGCCGCAAAGUAUGUGGGGAAGCCGGUGGUGAACUACCCUAUUCUUUCUUCUCCAAUGGCUCCUAGGCCACUUGAGCUCGGAGUCGGUGGGUUCGGGGGACAGCCUGGAGGGGAGAUGUUCGGAGGAGCUGGAGACCUUCUCAAGUCGAUCAGUGGCCCCACGGAAGCUGAUAAGCCCAUGAUUAUAGAGCUCGCCGUGGCGGCCAUGGAGGAAAUGGUUAGGAUGUCUCAGCUCGGGGAGCCCCUUUGGACUGUUAGCUUGGAUGGAGCCACUGAUGUCCUCAAUGAGGACGAGUACAUCCGGACAUUUCCCAGGGGUAUCGGUCCAAAACCCUCGGGAUUUAAAUCUGAGGCCUCUCGGGAAAAUGCUGUUGUCAUAAUGAACCACAUUAAUCUUGUUGAGAUCCUCAUGGAUGUGAAUCAGUGGUCGAACGUGUUUUCCGGCAUCGUCUCAAGAGCAGCCACACUGGAAGUUUUGUCCACCGGAGUUGCUGGGAACUACAAUGGAGCUCUGCAAGUGAUGACUGCAGAAUUUCAAGUUCCGUCCCCACUCGUUCCAACUCGUGAGAGCUACUUUGUGAGAUACUGUAAGCAGCAUGCUGACAGUACGUGGGCUGUGGUGGAUGUUUCCCUGGACAAUUUACGUCCGAGUCCCACCGCAAGAUGUAGGAGGAGGCCAUCAGGAUGCGUGAUUCAAGAGAUGCCAAACGGCUACUCGAAGGUUGUUUGGGUUGAACAUGUAGAAGUCGAUGACAGAGGUGUGCAUAGCUUGUACAAGCAACUUGUGAACUCAGGCCAUGCAUUCGGGGCUAAGCGCUGGGUUGCUACCUUGGACCGACAGUGUGAGCGCCUUGCGAGUGCCAUGGCUACAAACAUCCCUACUGGUGAAGUGGGUGUUAUAACUAGUCAGGAAGGGAGGAAGAGCAUGUUGAAGCUCGCUGAGAGAAUGGUGAUAAGCUUCUGCGCUGGAGUGAGUGCCUCCACAGCCCACACAUGGACCACACUGUCCGGAACCGGAGCAGAUGAUGUUCGGGUCAUGACCCGCAAGAGCGUUGACGACCCAGGCAGACCUCCGGGCAUUGUUCUCAGUGCUGCUACCUCCUUCUGGCUCCCCGUCCCACCCAAGCGCGUCUUUGAUUUUCUGCGAGACGAGAACUCCCGAAGUGAGUGGGAUAUUCUCUCUAACGGUGGGGUGGUUCAAGAGAUGGCCCACAUUGCUAAUGGCCGGGACACAGGCAACUGUGUGUCUCUUCUGCGUGUAAAUAGUGCUAAUUCCAGCCAAAGCAACAUGCUGAUACUGCAAGAGAGCUGCACCGACUCGACAGGAUCUUUUGUGAUCUAUGCCCCAGUGGACAUCGUGGCUAUGAAUGUGGUUCUCAAUGGUGGAGACCCUGACUAUGUUGCCCUCCUUCCCUCAGGAUUUGCCAUUCUUCCCGAUGGCUCUGCAGCGCCAGGGGGAGAGGUGGGGCCUUCAGGGUCUCUACUGACCGUCGCGUUCCAGAUUCUGGUCGAUUCAGUCCCAACCGCCAAGCUCUCAUUGGGUUCCGUCGCUACUGUUAACAGUUUGAUUGCUUGCACUGUUGAGAGAAUUAGGGCUUCUUUGUCUUGUGAGACUGCUUAACACCCCCAGGUCUAUUAUAUCUUGUUGUGACAAGUGAGAAGGACGGAGAGGAAGGUGGAAGAAAGGAACAUCAAGGAAUUGGCCGGGCGAAGUCAAGAGCGCACCUUACAUGAUCGUUGCGAAUAAUCAGUCUUCUGUUUAGGUACUGAAGAGCAGCCUAGGCAUUUUAUUGUGCAGCGCAAGGAUUAGAGGUUCGGGUAUUGACUUCCCAGAAGCGAGAGAGUAACGUAAAGUGGAGAAGAAUUAACUUAAGACCUUGGGGUUUCCAGUUCUCGAUGAUGAUGAAGCAUUUCGAAGACCUCUCGCAUAUGUUUUACAUUUUAGUUCAAACUUUCAAUAUCUUAGCUUAGAAUUAGGGCUUAUGUCGAUCGAGUCUGUUGAGCCCCUUAAAUAGUUUGUGUCCUGUCUUGCUGUCCAGUUUGUGUCUAAUUUCAUGGUGUCUCUUGAAGCAGUUAGGUUAUUGAGAAAGCUCUCACCGACAGACACUGGCUUCUCUAGGUUGUCCUUUCUAUUCGUCAAUGCAAAGUGCAAAUGCUUCAUCCUCCA